CCCAGGUUUAAGUCGAUGCUCUUCUUGUCGCCUUCAGAAGUGCAGGAGACGUAUGCCAUGGUUGUGUCCAAGGCUGCUGCCCUGAUGGGGAAUGCAGAUGUGGGAAUGCAGUCUGAUGGUAAUGUAGAGGAGGGAGGAAGCACUGAAGAGAGUGGUCCUGCUGAUGACACCAGUGAUGAGGACCGACCACCACACACACCAAAAAAAAGGAGAUCCGCACUUGCAAACCUCCUUGGACAAACAUUCCAGCAUGCCAGAUCUUACCUGACCCCAUCAUCAUCACCUAACUCCAAGGCUAAAAAGGAGGUUCAGCAAUAUCAAGAAUCCUCACCUCUACCACUGUCAGAUGAGCCGUUGGGUUGGUGGAAAUCUGAGGCAUGCAAGUACCCACACCUUGCCAAGCUGGCCCAGAGGUACCUGUGUGUGCCAGGGACUAGCGUGCCAUCAGAGAGAAUCUUUUCUACCACCGGUGACAUAAUCUCUGCUCAGAGGUGUGCUCUUACAUCUGAGCAUGCUGAUCAGUUAGUUUUCCUCAAGAAGAAUAUGCCUUGAUGUGUCCACCGUUUACAGUAACUUAC